AUGAACCCCGAGAAACUCGCCAAGCUCCAGGCUAACCAGAACCGCUCCAAGGGCGCCCCUCGCCGUGUGAUCAAGAAGGUCCACCGCCCUGUCGCUCAGGAUGACCGCAAGCUCCAGGGUGCUCUCGAGAAGCUGUCCCUUGUUCCCCAGCCUUAUGUCGAGGAGGUUAACAUGUUCAUGGAUGAGGGCACUGUCAUUCACUUCCGUCAGCCCAAGGUUCACGCCUCGUCUGCUUCCAACACCUACGCCAUCUACGGCCGUGGUGAGGAGAAAGAAUUGACCGAGUUGGUCCCUGGUAUCUUGAACCAGCUCGGACCUGACUCUCUCAACAGCCUCCGCAAACUUGCCGAGUCUUACCAGAAGUCUGCUGCUGGCCAGGCUGCCUUGAACGCUGAGGACGAUGAUGAUGAGGUCCCUGCCUUGGUCGACUCUUUCGAAGAUGCCUCCAUUGAGGAGGCCAAGAAGGAAGAGGCCAAGGAGGAGUCCAAGGAGGAAUCCAAGGAGGAGCCCAAGGAGGAGGCCACUGCUUAA